UGACAACCAACGGCUACAUUUCUCUCACAAACGUUGGGUUUAGCAGCGAGCGGCCACUUUGUACACCUUGGUGAGACAAGUGUCGUAAAAGUGAGCGCUCCCAACGUUAACACGAACUGUCAAUCAGGAGGAAUCGAACCUGGUAGGCGCCUGAACUUUCCCUUUUUGUAUAAUGGAGAGAUUGUUCUCAGGAGAUGUGUGUCAAAAUCCCCAUCGACUUUCCCUCUGUGGAAAGAUAAUCUUAUUUAACUGCCAACGAGCUUCAGCCACAAACGAAGGCGAAAGGAGUGAGUUAGUAUUCAGCAGCCUUUCGUUUGAACGGGAGGAGAAGGCGUUCGUGAAGGCAGCAGGCGGAGCGGCUGUCAUCAGCAGGAGAAGAUCCACUCAUGUGGAUAUUGUCAAAUGUCAAUGUGCCAUAAAUGUUCAGAAGAGAGUCACUACUCCGUGUGUUUUGGUGACAAAGAAAAGUGAGAAAGGAGAGGGCUUCCAGUAUAGUCUCCUCACACUGAGCAGCUCAAACCGACUGGAGCCCUGCAUUGAGUUUAAACUCCCAUAUCAAAUGAGGGAGGGUGUCUCCAUCCUCCGGGGCCCCACAGUGUUGUGGAGCCACGCUGGUAAUGUCUUCUACACAUCUCUGCAGGCAGGAGAGGUGAGACAGAUUCCCAUUCAGUUGUCCCACACUGUCGUUGGAGAACUCCCCCUUCACAAAGAACAGGUGUUUGUUCUCGGCCUGCAAAACCUUUCAGGACAGUCCUCGAAUAAGUCCACAAGCCAGACCCUGGGCUGUUUUGUUGAGGAUGGACACGUGUUUGAUGGCACAAUGGUUUUGCCUCAUCCCUACAUUUGCAUCACACGAUGCCUCUUGGUGCUCUCAGCUGAACAAAGGGAUGGUGAUGGUGUGUUGAAAUCUGCUGUGGUUGCAGCAACUUCUAAUCAGCAGCUUGUUUACUUUGAGAAUGGCAUCGUAAAGGACACAUGUCAGCUCCCCUUUGAACACCCUGAAAAUAUUCAGUUAGUCGACACAGGAAGAAACGGCUGCCUGUUUGCCGUAUCCUUUCACCAGGGGCAUGUAUGCGCUGUAUGGAAGAAGACAUUUCAGAUAGCUUCCCAGUGGUCAGGUGUCAGCUCGGUCCACGUGGAUGACUUCUUGGGAUGUGGAACAGACCAGAUUCUGCUGGUUUUUAAGGAUCAAGGUGUAACAGAGCACCCAUUGGAAAGAUUCCUCCUCACAGACCUCUGCGGCAUUACAUAUGCUCAUUGCCAGGACAAUGAAGCACCAAAGACAUCUCCUCCACCAGAGAACUAUCUCCUCACUCUUCAAGCAUUAGAGUCCAGACUACAGAGUGGAUUGACCGUGCUGCGGGAGCUUCAACAGGAAGAGAGAGUAAAGGAAAGAGUUCUACAGCAGUCAGUCCAAGCCCUUACUGAUGUGAUCUCAGAAAGAGACCCUACUCUCACACAGCCCGAGCAGGAAGGCCUCAUUGCUCUGUGGGACUGUGAUGACGAGUCAAAGGAAGAGGCCAUGGAUGACAAGACACAAGACAUGCCAGCAGUGUCUUCAAAACCUCAAGUUGACAAGCUGUGGCAUCGCAUCGCUGAGGACCGAAUGGUUGUGGGAGUGAUACUAACUACUGACAGCUCUGUACCAUUGGCCAGUGUGAGCUUAUCCAUCCUGACAGAGACAGGCCAGAGCUCAACGCCCGCAGUCAUCCAAACCCAGAGCCAAGUGUUCUGGCUCCCUGCACCCUGCUCCUCAUCAUCAUCAUCCUCCUCCUCCUCUUCCUCUGCCCCCACGUUCCCAGAGCCCGCAGCCAAAAGAAGCAAGCGGCACAAUGCCGGCAGACUCAAUGAUCUCAACACAUGCAGACUGGCUGUGACUGCUGUGACCAAGCUGACACCUCUGUUGAACUCUGGCUGUGUCAAGUGCUGUGUCAUGCUCCAUUAUGCCCAGAGACAAGAUGCUUUUGCCAUUGUGAGCAACCUAACACCAGUUGUUCUGCAUUGUGGUCAAGUUGAUUUAGACAUCCACAGUGAUUUCCAGACCCGACUGCUGAAAAACCCCGAACUCAAAACAGAUGAGGUUGAAGAGGACUUCUUGAGUUUGAUGGCGGUGCUGGAUCACUGGGUCUUCCACAUAGACUCUCCUGAUCACAGCUUAGGCGAUAUAGAUGGCUGGAUUCAGAAAAGAGUCGGUUGUAAGAGGGUAGAUGUGAGCCCUCAGUAUCUACUGUUAAAUUCUUCUGGACCAUCUGCUGUCAUGCUGCUGCGCUGGCAUCAGAUAACCCCUUUCCAGGGGGAGCUGUCAAUCCACUCCAGCCACAUACAGAUGCUCCGGUUCCUGGACUCUCUCUUGGCGUACCUCCCUGUGUCCUGCUCCAUGCAGCCUGUCAAAGGUACAAGAGGACAACGUACAGCUCAAAUAUUGUCUUUGGCACUGGAAAAAGAGGUGGUGUCACUCAGAGACGGUGUGUCACUGCUACUUUGUGAAGAAGAGGAGGAUAAGAAGAAGAGUCUUGGACAUGAGGACACUAACCCUGAGCCUGCUUCCGUAGAGGGGCUCCAGAGGUGUAGAGAGGUGUGGCAGCAGGAGAUGGAGAGGGGUAGGAUGAGGUUGAGCCCCCUGGUGGAUGUAGGGAGGUAUCAUAGGCUGACCCAAAGCAUGUGUGAAGUCCAGCUUGAUGGGGAUUUGGCAGCUCUCUUAGACAUUCAGAGAACUUUGCUCAGCUAAUAUGCGGUUAUUGUUGAAAAGCCUAUGGCUAAGAAUGUGUUUCCUGGAUAAGCAGUCUUCAAUAGUGAAUCUUGUCAAGGGUAAUCACAAAAAAGACAGUUCAUUGUACAUGCGCUGCACAUUUCUGUGCUGAGAGCCACCCCCGUUGCUGGCUUGCUUAUGUCUGUGCUGAACUGUGUGUGUCUGCUCUCUCUCUCUCUCUCUCUCUCUCUCUCUCUCUCUCUCUCUCUCUCUCUCUCUCUCUCUCUCUCUCUCUCUCUCUCUCUCAGACAGCCUCCUGGGGUUUAUAUCUGCCUAGUGUCUGUUGCUGUGUAGAGCCUCAGCCUGCUUCCAUUGGAUCACCUCCUGGGUUUCACAGCCUUAAUCUGAUACUGAUGUGAUACUGCUCUCUGCUCAUUCUUCUGUUCAUGUCCCUUUAGACCCUCUGUGUUCAAAAACGCUCUUUAAUGUCCGUUGCUUCUGUGGCUGCUGCUGCGUGCUAUUCAGUAGGAGACAGAAAGCCCUUUCGUCCUGGAGUGAGAAACUGUUCACUGUCAUGAAUAAAGACAACAGAUGGUAUAGAGAGCAAAGGGUUACACAUCUGCUCAGUGGUCGGAGUUGACUGAAAGCUUUUAGUGGUACUUUCCCCUCAUGGUUCAGUUAUUUUCCUGUGAAAUGUAAAUUUAAAAAAAAAAAGUCCUUGGAUGCCAUUUCUCCUGUGAUGCUGCACAGGCUGUCAGCACUGCUAGUUAAAAUACCAUUCGUUCAAGUAAACAUCAAACCCUACUUAAAAGGGUAUCAGCUUUGCUGGAUACCUAAGUUCUGUGGCAGCUUGACCAGUAGUGUUUGCUAAAAUGGCUAUUGAGUUGUGGUUUUCUCUUCCCAGUGGGAGCUGAAAAACGAGGAUGUGCAUUUUGUUUGUUCCGGGAGCUACUCCAUCUGCUUGUAGUACUCGGUCUGCGGAGAGAUAAACUCCCCCUCUUUUACACCUUUAAUGUCUCUGCUUCAUUGCAAAUAGCCACUUCCACUGGACUCGCUGCCACAGGACUCUCCUGAGCUCGAUUACUUCAAAGUUUCCUAUUUUCACAAGUAAUUCCGAAUGUGUUACUUGAUGAUGGUAAUGCUGCUGUGGGUUAAUAAAUGUUACAGACAUGCAAAACCUGUUUUUGUCAUGUUGGAAUGGAAAUAAAGCUCCCGUUUGCAGCUCAGUUAGCUUUUGCCAUUCGAUUCAGACAACUGAACUUCCAUGCAAGUUGAUCAUGCACACCAACACUUUUUUUUAUAAAUUCCUCACAUACAGGAAACACCCCCCCCCCCCCCACACACACACACACCUUUUAUUCUGCUGCAAGACACCCACCACUCUUGUCACUUCUAGCAUCGAAGAACAAUUGUGAAUUCCACCAGUAAAUGGAUCACAUGUGAAAACGAAAAUUCAAUUUUAUUGGUGUUUCCUCAAAGCCCCGACUGCCACCCAGAGUAAAAUAUAUGGUUUGUCAUGCCAUUAUUGCUUGUUAACUUCUAUUAACUCUGAGUGGUGGAAGAGGGCUGCGGGGUUUCUACCCUCCACUGAAGUUGCCUCACGUUAAUAGGGAAUGAAAAUGUGGUAGUUAUGAAACAACUCAGACAUGGAGAAACCAAAAUCUACACCCCAUCUAGCUUAUUAAUAUUACCUGCAUUGACAUAUUCCUGCAUCUUUUGACACCUUUGUGGAUGCCAGCCACGUACUGUCACUUUGGUAUGGAGGUCCAUUUCUGCUAGGAAAUGAAAAAAAUAUAUAUAUGGAAGGUUAGUCAAAAUGAAAGUUAGUAAGUCAAAAUUAUGAUAUAUAAAAAAUAAAAUUCUCAAUCUCA